GAGUUGGCACUCCAUUUACUGCUGACAGUGGAGAUUAACACAAGAACCCUAAAAGCUGGAUUCAGGUGAAUCGUGGUUAAGUGACAUUGUUUCUCAACCUUUUUACGUGGACGAAAACCUGUGCUAGGUGGAUGGCGACAGAGGCGAGUUCUGGGUGUAGAUUGCUGGAGCAACUUGAAACUCAGAAAAAGCUGAUUGUUCUCCUGCACAAGCUACCAGCAGAUAUAUCCACAUAUCAUUUAAACAGCACACCUUCUGAUUUGUGUUCUAGCAAUGGUGAAGAGCAAGCAAAAUGCACAGAACAGAGAUUGAAGGAAGUGACGGAGAAUAGCACAGACCUGUUACAUCCAGCGCCAUAUGAAGUUUCACACUUGGCAAGUGAAUGGAUGGAUAGAUCAGAAAUAUGCCAUGAAGAUAAAAAAGACAACGAAAAGUGUCAGCUCAAAAACCAAGAUCAAACCAAACUGGGUGAGUACAGAAACAAGCUGACCAAUGCAAGCGAUGACAUUUCCAGGGGGACGCAAAAACAUGGGACCUAUGCAAUGCAGAAUAAGAGCAACCUAGUGCAGAGGUCAGAUCAAUGUCCUGACCACGAACAACAUUUUACUAUUUUUAAUUUGGAUGCUAAACGUGGCAUGCUGAAUCUUAAAGAGUCAAAAAGAACUUCACGUGGGUCAGAAAGCACACACAAGCCAGCUCCGUUUUCUAAAACAGCUAGAAGCACUAGGACUUUAAAUGAGGGUGAAAAUACCGAACAAGAAUCUGCCAAUAGAGGAAACAAGCCCAAAGUCCAUGAAACACCUGGAAAGAUGGCGAUUAAAAGAUGUCAGGGUCCAGAAAGAAAAGAAAUAUUUUCCAGUGAGAGCACAUAUCUUGCUACAGGCAGUCUGGAGAGGUGCGAGGAUGUAAAUAGAUCAGAGAUUGUAACCAUGCAACAUGGAAGCAAAACUCACAAUGGCACUGAAACCACAUGUGAAAAAAGAAUCUGUACACAUGCAGUUUGGCCGAGAAAAGCACUGCAAGAAUUCCGUGGUAAUGCUGCAAGAUCCACAAAACGGAAGCGGCCACAUGCAUGUGACACGGGUUGCACUAUGCAUGACUCUUACAAAAAGGAAAUUCAACCAACUGAACCACAGCUAUCACCACUCUCCCAAAGCAGUUCCAUGUUGUGCCCUGAUUUUUUACUUAAAAACUCUGAAGAGAAUACCAGAUUCAAAGAACUGAGUGUAUCUGUGAAUUCCAAGCUUGAUUUGUGUACUAGAAGCCAGAUGUUAAAACACAUUCCCUUUGUUAAAGAUCAAGACAGACUUCAGACCAAACUGCUGCAAAGCGAGUCUAAAACACAUAAUCUUGACAGCAACUGCACUUCCAAAACUUACAACCCUUCGGAGAUACUUGGACCACUUGACAGAACUGAAGUUAGCCAGUUUCCUGAUCCAGACAGUGACGGCAGAGCAGGCCUUGAGGGUCGCCCAGUUGGCAAUGCUGCUGGUCACAUACACAUUAACCCUGAUACCAGUGUUUGUUCUAAGGGCAGCCGUUUGACCGAUCAGACAGGAAGGCAUAAGGUGAGGAAAAGGUCCGGAGAUAGCGAUGCAGGCCACUUUAAUAGACCAGUUCAACAUAGUGGUGCAACUGAAAUUGUCUCAGAGGUGGACAUACCCAUAACACAUACAAAAGAAAAGGACAUUGAAAGAACUAAGACUAUUCACUUUCGAACAAUUAAAGGUGAUAGAUUUGCCGUUGAACCAAAGUCAUUAAUUGUUAGUGUGAGUAACAUGGAUGCUUCCGAGCGUGUGGUGCUGAAACUUGCCAAUCCGGACACUGGCAAGAAGCUGACAUUAGGUCUCCAGAGCAUGCUUAACAAUGAAAGCAAUAUUCCAAGAGAUGUGGUAAGGCCCCCUACAGGCAGGCGUAACACAAAUAGACAGCUGAAAGCUAUGGAUGGAUGCUGGAAUAGUCAGCAAAGCCCUACUUUGCAUUCCGGUACCUGGAGCAACUUGUGUGCAUUUUCUGGUGACAACAAGAAGAAAAAGGGAAUCCCCUACACAGGCAAGCGAGAGUGUACUUGUGAUAUGUCGUAUACCCAUCAAGAAACUAGUAUCGUUAAGAAGAAAUGCUCCCUAGCUCAUAGUGAGGAGGAGGACUCUUGCUGCUUUCACAGACAGAGCACUCAAAGCUCAGAUUUACAGCUAAACAAAAACCGCCGUUCUGUUCGCAAACACCAAGCUUCUAGUGUCUUGAAAAUUCCACAUUCUCUGGACAGUUUGAUCCUUGCCAAAAAUUCAACGAGUGAGAAAGCAGAGGCACACACAAAUAAAGGAAAACCAAGAGAAGUGGGAAAGGUUUGCCGGAAUUACAAUUUAUUCCGCUACCGCAAUUGUGAAAAGCAGUGUGGCACCGAGACACUCCGUGUGCCCCAUCGUAAGAGAAAAUCCCGCAAGCAUAUAAAUAAAACAUCUGAUGUUUACAGCCAGAUGAAACUUUUCAAAUAUACCAUUGGUAGAAUAAGCUCGAAAAACCUUGUGUAUUACAAGCAACUUAAGAAAAAGAGAGCAUUAUGGAUAUCACACAGUUGCAGCAAAUGUGGAAAAAUGUUCUAUACAAGAAUCUUUAUUCGGCCCAUCUUGUCUAAUGUGGAACUGAAGCAGCAGCCAAAACACUGCUCCAAGAACAGAAAUGAAAUGUGUCUACCUUGCCAGAAAAUAAAGACCAAAGUGCAGACAGAUGCAAAGGAGAGCUAUGUCUGCACAGAAUGUGGCAAGAGAUUUGUUCUGCAUGCUGUCCUUGUAUUACACCAGAGGAGCCAUGCUGAGGAGAAGCUUUUCGUGUGCUUUGUGUGUGGGAAGAGAUUUGUUCAGCAUUCAUUGCUUCUGAUCCAUCAGAAAACACACCUAGGCAGAAAACCUCAUAAAUGUGUGGACUGUGGGCAAAUAUUUUAUGUGAAAGAAUUGUUUGCUGCCCAUCAAAGAACACACAGGGCAAAGAAACCGCAUCGCUGUGUGAACUGUGGGAAAUGCUUUGCUGACAAGUCAACUUUAUUAAUCCAUCAGCGGAUUCACACUGGAGAGAAACCUUUCAGCUGCCCAGAUUGCGAGAAAAGCUUCAGUCAGCAUUCAACCCUAAUUUCUCACCAGCGCAUUCACACUGGUGAGAAGCCUUUUACCUGCCAUGAAUGUGGCCGGCAGUUUGGGGAUCGUUCUGCAUUUGCUAGUCACAGGAGAACUCACACGGGAGAGAAACCCUUUAAAUGUGAUGCAUGCGGUAAAACAUUCGCCCAAAGCUCAAACCUCCGCAGACAUGAGCGGAUCCAUAAAUGACAAAAGCACUAUGCUUGCUCAGAGUGGGCCAGAACCUUUAAUGAGAACACUGGGCUGAAAGCCCAUUUUAAUGUUAAUUUAAAGAAAAAAAAUAAACGCUCUAUCUGUAAACUUAGAUUUAAACUGCUGCACUCUAGCUCUGAAACCACAACUCCCAUGAUGCCUUGCCUGCCCAUAGGAAUUAUGGUAGUUGAAGAUACAUAACCGCUGGAAAGCCAUCUCUGCUUUAAAUGACCUUUCAGAAAAAUAAACUUCUAUUCUUGUGGUCAGAA